AUGCCCACCAACGCUGCCGCAGAAAACGUGCUUGGCACCAUCGGUACCAUCUGCUGGACCGUCCAGCUCGUCCCGCAAAUAUGGCACACCUACCGCACCAAAUCCGUCGACGGGCUCUCAGAAUACCUUGUCUUGAUGUGGGGUAUCGCUGGAGCGUUCCUGGGCCCCUACUCGAUCGUCCAAAAUCUGAACAUCCCCCUCAUUCUCCAGCCACAGCUCUUCGCCGCGCUAUGUUUCGUCUCUUGGGCGCAGUGCCAGUAUUAUGGGCAUAAACGCUCAAAGACAGCAUCGAUAGCCAUGUGGCUGGUCGCGAUAUCUGUCUUUGCAGGGUUCGAAGCCGGGAUGGUCUUCGCACUCAGACCCUCGGCGCGCAACGGGAACUUGGCACCAGUACGGGCCUUUGGCAUCAUCAGCACCAUCAUCCUCUCGCUGUCCUUUGUAGAUCUACAAGUAAAGGAGGUGAUCGGCAUCUCUUUGUUGUUCAUGGGCGUCGACCUCCUCGGUGGCGUUUUCAACGUCCUUUCACUGGUGUUCAAAGGCGACUUCGAUGUCGUCGCGGGCAUCACGUACUCCCUCGUCGUCCUCCUCGACGGGCUUGUACUAUUGGCCGCCUUUAUUCUCAACCCUCUCGCCAAGCGCCGACGCUCAAGAGCAGCCCGAGCCGAAGCACAGGCUGCGUCCGAAAAGAAAGAACCGGACACGUCGGAGGUUGAGAAGGGUUCUGCAUGA